GUCAGCAAGGGAUUUCAACACUCUAUAAAUACAGAAUCCCUAAAACAAAAAGUACAGAAGAACUCUUGAGGAAAAGAAAUUCAAAUAAAUUUCCAUCUUUGGGUAUUUGCCGCUCGCUAAAUUUUUACCAGAUAUCCCAAGGUCUCCAUCAGAGUUGAACGCUUGUCUGCAUCUGGGUAUCGCCGGAAUCUACCUCACAGUUGAAUUUCUCAAUUUUUUUCUUCAACAACUUUCUGAUGGAAUCUCCUUGGAGAGCUUCUCAGACUUCUUUGCCGAAUCAUGGUGAAAAUAAUGGUUCAACUCCGCUGCAUCCUGAACCACUUAAUGUGGCCCCCAUAAGUUGUGUUCCAUAUACUGGCCCUCCUCUACCAUACAGUUAUCAUACUUCAGCGUCACCAGACAUUAAUACUGGUUCAGUCCCAGUUGAGGCUGAUUCCAAGCAUAUCAGCUCUCAGCAGCAUGCUGGGGGUCAGCCUGCAAUGAUUUUUUUCACUGCUUGUCCAGCCAGAGAGGAGUGGGAUAAUCUCAUAAAUUAUGCUAAUGGUGGGGUUGCACUGACUGGAUCUGCUUUAUUGGGAAAGGUUGGACCACUUAUUGGAUCAGUUGAUAUUGCUGAAUCCGAGGAUGACUAUGUAUUUCGUGUUUCACUCCCCGGUGUCGCAAGGGAUGAAAGAGUGUUUCGCUGUGAUGUUGGACCUAAUGGGGCAAUCGUCAUAAAAGGAGUGAGCGAGACUGGAGAGAACAUGGUUCGCAGGGACAACAUGGUUUUUAAGAUGCAAACUCAAAACCUAUGUCCACCGGGAGAAUUUUCUGUUUCAUUCCAGCUACCAGGUCCAAUUGAUCAUCAAAACUUGAAUUGUGUUUUUGGAUCUGACGGGAUUUUUGAAGGAGUUGUGAAAAAAAGGACAACAGGUCCUUUAAGGGGUAUUUAGAUCAGAAUCUUCAGCUUG